GUGGUCAACCAUUGUGUUUUUAUUCCUCCAGCCGAGCUACCCUCUCUUUUCUGCGCUUCCUUUGCUCAACUUGCCCCAAUUACUCGAGUGCCCUCGAGCGCGCCCCACCGGUGCUUCGUGGGAGUGGUUCUCUCUUACCAAAAGUCCGCCUUCCCCGGCUGCGAACGACGCGGUUCCAAGCGGAAUUUGAAUGUCAAGAGGAUUCUGAGGACGUUCAAAUUCCGACUGGUGUUUUAAGGCGAAGCACUAACACAUCAAAGCACAAUCCGAAUUUGACAGGAAGCCACUCUACCCAGCCUUGUUGCGCAUUUCCCAAACAGGAAACCGCUGGACCUAGCACUCUUGCACAUUCACAUCGGCGGCCGCGGUCGUUCGACACAUCGAAACCAUGGCGUCAGUUGUACCCGACACCAUUGGAUAUCUUGGGUGGCUUCCUCCAGAAAUUAGAGCCCAGAUCUGGGGACACUUUUCGAUUCAGCCCGGAUUCAGAUUCAGUUAUAAAAAAGCAAAGGACGGUCUCGGCAUUCUUCGAACAUGCCACUUCUUGCGCGACGAAGUAUCGGCAAAUAUCUAUAACAAGGUCGUUUUGACGUUCCAUCUUUCGCCGCGCGUCUGCUCUGACACCGGAUCAUGGCUUUACCUUACAACUUCUGUGGGUGCCAGAUGGAACAUACAUCCAAACAAGGCCGAAUUUGAUCACUUUCGGGUGCUGCCAUAUAAAGGACUCAAAGCGAUUAAGAUUGAGAUCGAGGCUCCCAGCCAGGAAGAUCCUGGCCAAGUAGUCUUAUUGUGGACGAAGAUUCAGGACCUCAUGGAGCUACUCUCUCAAGCGGAAGAGUUUCCGAGCAUCGAUAUUUACCUUCGGGAGACCAAUGCAAGUUGGGCAACAAAUGGAACUGCACACAAAACCGUCCCUAUCGACCCAGAACAUCUUGACGAAGACGAAUACGUACCCGACAUUGAGGUUGUUUUAAUGCCAUUGUGCAAGCUACGCAAUGUUCGGACAGCUAGCAUCCAUGUCCCGAAAGGUUUCGUCACAGGAAAUCAUCUACUGUAUCACAUCGGGCGGCAGAUGGAAACGGCCGAAUCUUUCGGCAGGGUACGAAAUGGUGAUCUGGACGAGGCCCUAGACGAACUUCCUGGGACAACUGCAAAUUUCAUGCGAGUGGAAAGGCUCGGCAGAUGGUUCAGUAAAGGAGACAAGUCACAGUAUGUCGAAGACUGGGCGCGAAUUUGCAGAAAUAACGAGGCUGCCCGCUUUUUCAAUAUGCCCGGUAACCUUGCAAACCGCUACGUGCAUCUGUUGGCUCUAAAUCCGUUGUCCUCGGGAAUGAAGAUGAUCAGAUAUCAGCUUCACUUGCCUCUCAACCGACGCGCGGACCCUUUCGACGGCCCUGAACCUUUCGAACUACUUUCUCGGUGGAAUGGGGCCGAAUUCGGGAGAUAUGUCCAACGAGUAUCUAACUUCAGGAGGCUUGGGAUAGAUCCUUCCAAACAGCCGUGGACUAUGAUCGAGGACGGUCCGCCAGCGACCAGAGACCAGUGGCAUGCUUACUGGGCUGAAGGACUGCCGCCACUCGGUCGAUCUGAGACUCUAGAAGAAUUAAUAAGGUUCACAGGCUUUGGAUCACCAAAGACUUCAGAGUUUUCAAAAUGGUGCUGGGCAUUCUGGAAGGAAAUGAAGGAAAGCGAAAAGGAGAGUGAGAAUGAAACGAAAGGGGGAAAGUCGGACGAAGAAAAGCCGAAGCUGAGAACGGAACUGAUGAGAAUGUAAUCUUACUAAAAUGAAAGGGGCCAUCGAUGUCUUGCACUUCUCUUGUGUCGACGAUAGUUGAGUGCCAUAGUAGUACAGCAUUCCCGAUCUGAAAAUGUGUACAUUUGACUAGUGAAGAAGAGUCAAUAUCUUCAUUAUCGUUGCAGGAACUCCCCAGGCACCAAAAUUUA